UAAAAGUUUAAAACUCUCUCUCUCUCUAUUCUCUGAACUGAACAAGUGAAGAACGCCGUUGGGAAUGGCAAGCAAAGCUGGAAUGACUCCGGCGACAUACUCUCCUUCUCCGACUACUGGUAAAAACAAACCACCACUAUUCAAGGAAGAUUCGACCCGACCCGAUGGUCGUGACUUCCACCAGUGUAGACCCGCCUUUUUGAGGACUGGUGCUGUGAAUGCUGCAUCAGGAUCUGCAUAUGCUGAGUUUGGAAAUACCAAGGUCAUUGUAUCUGUGUUUGGGCCAAGAGAGAGCAAGAAAGCAAUGAUGUACAGUGAUACGGGGCGUUUGAAUUGCAAUGUCAGCUAUACAACAUUUGCAACCCCGGUUCGUGGAGAGGGUUCAGACCACAAAGAGUACAGUUCGAUGCUUCAUAAAGCUUUGGAGGGUGCAAUAAUAUUGGAAAGUUUCCCCAAGACCACUGUGGAUGUUUUUGCAUUGGUGCUGCAAUCUAGUGGCAGUGAUCUUCCAGUUGUCAUAUCAUGUGCUAGUCUUGCAUUGGCAGAUGCUGGGAUACUGAUGUAUGACCUUGUUGCCUCAGUCUCCGUGUCAUGUCUCGGUAAAAACCUCGUCAUUGAUCCUAUUUCGGAGGAGGAAAACAGCCAAGAUGGGAGCCUAAUGAUUACAUGCAUGCCUUCUCGCCAUGAAAUCACCCAACUCACAGUUACUGGGGAAUGCUCCACCUCAAAGAUUAAGGAGGGGAUGCAGUUAUGCUUGGAUGCUUGUGCAAAGCUUGCAAAUGUUAUGAGGUCAUGUUUGAAAGAAUCUUCUUCUGAUGCACAUGGAUUGGAUAAUGAGAGCUCUUAGCAGCACAUAGAUCACAAGAUGUACUUUUAAAUUUCAUCACUUUUUUUUUUCUCUUCUAUCUUAACAUUGUGAGAUAAUUUUAUGUUGGGGGAGAGGUAGGGAAAGAUGCCUUUUAUGUCCUGCAAAUUUUGCGCUUAUGAGCUAGUUAAAGAUGAUGUGAGAAUUUAGGUUUCUCUAAAA